GGAAAAGUGACAAAUGGCGAAUGUCAGCUGCCGUCAGGAUAUCCAUUGAGGAUAGCAGUUCGUAAAGAGAUACGUCAGCUGAGUGACGAUGAACGUCAACGAUACUAUCAAGCCAUUCGACAGCUCAAGCAAAAUGGUCAAUACGAUGAGUUUGCGUCGAUACAUCGAGACGUCGCCGAAGCGAGUGGUGCUCAUUCCGGACCUGGAUUUCUUCCGUGGCAUAGAGAAUUCUUGAAAAGAGUAGAAAUAGCGAUUCGUAUGAUUGAUCCAUCACUGGCAAUCCCAUAUUGGGAUUCAGUACUGGAUAGCUACCUACCAGAUCCACGAGAUUCAAUUAUGUGGAGUACGAUGUUGUUGGGAGAAAACGAUCAGUUCGGUAAUGUUGUGAAUGGGCCGUUUGCUGGUUUUAGAACUCUUGAAGGCCGACAGACGAUAACAAGAGAUCUUGGACUCGAAGGGUCAGUAUUCAGAGAGCGGGAUUUGAACGAUGUGUACGCACAAGGAGCUAUUGAAAAUGUCCUCAGCUAUACGGCACCAUACACAACGUGUCCUUACCCGGUCAAUUUCCAAGCACUCGAAUACACGCACGGUAGGGUACAUAACUGGAUUGGUGGUGACAUGAAGCCCAUUCCGCGUUCAGCAAACGAUCCAGUCUUCUACCUUCAUCACUCUUUUGUCGAUUAUAUCUUCGAGCAAUGGCGACAAAUGCGACAGAACCGUUGGCAACGGGAGCAGGAGUAUUCGCCGGAUAUCGAGGCUUGUGAGAAUCCUCAACAUUUUUCAAACUCUGCAAUGCGACCAUUUUUCAAUUUCGUGAAUAAAGAUGGUCUAUCGAAUGCAUACACGGAUAACAUGUACACUUAUGCUCCGCGACCAUCGUGCAGUAUGCAGAAUCCAAGUUGUGCAUCGAAAUUCUUGUUCUGCGAUUUCCACAAUGGACCACCACAUUGUGUGUCGAAGAUUAAGAUGAAUGGUCUGUGUCAAGGUUUCGAGGGUGAAGAUGCAUGUUUUGGUGGCAUAUGCAUUAAUGCUUAUUGUAGACCAGGAACUUUCCAAGUGGUUCGUUCGUUCGUUCGUAUUCAGUUUCAAACUUCAGUUGAAUCCACCUCGACAACUAUGAAUGAUUUACGUGAGGCGUGA